CCGCGCCGGGGCUGCUGCGCGGCCGGCCCCGCGGGCGGGGGAGGUGGAGGCGGCGCUGGCUGCUGCCUUUGUCACAUCGCCGCUGCCUGCAGGAGCCUCGCCAUGCCCGGCUCGGAGAGGGGAGAUGCCCCCGCUGUUGACAUUGUGGACAUAUAUGAAUCUAUACGUGAAAGACAGCGUCAUGACAGCGAAAGGUCUACGUGUAGCACCUUAGAGCAGAAUGACAUAGAAGCAGUCCAGGCGCUUGUUUGUAUGAGCUCCUGGGGUCAAAGAUCACAGAAAGGUGACCUAUUAAAGAUAAGGCCACUUACGCCCAUCUCAGAUUCAGGUGACUUCACCAUGCAUGCAGAAGCUGCCUCUGAAUUACCGAAGGAUUAUCACUUUUUGUCUACACUGGAGAAAAACCUUUCAGCUGUAACUGGGAAGGCUGUGACAAAAAGUUUGCCCGCUCAGAUGAACUUUCUCGACACCGAAGAACUCAUACUGGAGAGAAGAAGUUUGCUUGUCCUGUGUGUGACCGUCGUUUCAUGCGCAGUGAUCACUUGA